GUGUGUGCUGUAGUGAUGGUACAGGCUGUGGUGAAGGUUUCUGAGGGAGCUGGUCUAUCCGGAUCCCCACAGCUCCUUCAGGGUGGAGAGAGGGGGAGCGAUCAUUCUCCUCACUCUCAGAUCCUCAACUCUGUGGUCCGGUGUAAGAUCUCUGCAGGAGGAAUGCCCGCUCCUGAGCAGAGCCCACUUUCGGAGGAGGGUCUGCUGCUGCUGCCGCCAAUCAGAGAAGGACUAGCCAGUCACAGCAUGGAGGCUGACAGCACAGCCAAUAAUAUCCUGGCCUCUGUCAAAGAGCAGGAGCUCCAGUUUGAGCGGCUCACCAGGGAGCUGGAGGCGGAGCGACAGAUCGUAGCCAAUCAGCUGGAACGAUGCAGGCUGGGGGCGGAAUCACCAGGAGCUGCGAGCGGCAGUUCUUCUGAGAAAUCUCUUCCCUGGAGAUCUGCAGAUGCCUCAACCUCAGAUGCCAAGUCACGGAUAACAGACGGCUCCCACUCGCCCCCGUUCCGCGUGAGGACAGAGGCUGAGCAACUGUCGCUGUGCUCACCGGAGCACAGCUCUCUGCACGAAAGGUCUGUAGGGAACUCCCGCAGUUCCACUCAGAUGAACUCAUACUCAGACAGCGGCUACCAGGAUGCAGGCAGUUACUACAGCAGUCAGAACAUGGGGAAGGUGGAGGUGCGUCUGCAGCACUCGUACCCAGGCAACAGCGUCGCCACCGGCGGGACGCUCCUGAGAAACUCCAGGGCAGAGGGACAGGCAACUGGGCAGAUGUCGGCGAGUGCCAGUCAGGCGAUACCCGGCCGGGCCAUGCGGAGGGUGAGCUCGGUGCCCUCUCGGACUCAGUCCCCCGCGUACGGCAGCAGCGUCUCUCCGUCCCGUGGCUCGCUCAGGGCGUCGCCCGGCAGCGCUUACGGCUCCCCCAUCGUGACGGAGCCCAAGCCCCUGCCCAGCAUCUUCUCCAGCACCACCCUGCCCGGUGCCCAGCGCGCCAGCUCGCCCUUCUCCACGCAGAAAAACUCCCCCUCCGCCCUGCGCAGGAUGGGCUCGGCCAACUCCCGCUCCGGCAGCGCCAGCCGCACCACCUCGCCCUACUCCGGUCGCGUGGGGUCACCAAUGAGUGCAGGGGGGGGGGCGGAGGGACAGGGGGGGUCCGGAUCGUCUCCGGUCCGGUCCGGGAUGACUGCGGUACCUCAGCAUUACGGCUCGACGCUGCCCAGGACUCUGCUGCAUGAAGGCUCAGAUCCUUACAGCACGCACUCAUACGAGAUAUACGAGAGGAUGGUGCCACGACCAGACAGUCUGACAGACGGCCUGGCUGAAGAUCUUCCAGCAGGUCUAAGAGCGUCCUACGCAAGUCAGCACAGCCAUCAUGGACCCGACCUCCGCUCGACUGUGUCUCCAGACCGUCACAUCGGACCCAUCUACGAGGACCGAGCCUUCCAGGGACCACUGUACCGCAGCCCCAGCCACGUCACGCACAGUACCCUCUACAGAUCGCCUUCAGGUGUGGGGAACCUGCAGAGAAGCUCCAGCCAGCGUAGCAACCUGACCUACCAAAGAAGCUCCUACAUGCUGAACCCGGCGGCCCCGUACUCAGAACCGUACCGACCUGGACCCUACCGGCCCCCUGAUGGCUACACCCGCCCGGCCGUGGGAGUGGACGACGGGGCCACUCGCUCACCUUCCAUCGACAGUAUCCAGAAAGACCCUAGAGAGUUCGCGUGGAGGGAUCCUGAGUUGCCAGAGGUGAUCCACAUGCUGCAGCACCAGUUCCCCUCAGUACAGGCCAAUGCAGCAGCCUACCUGCAGCACCUGUGCUUCGGAGAUAACCGCACCAAGACUGAGGUUUGUCGGCUGGGUGGGAUUAAGCAUCUAGUGGAUCUGCUGGAUCACAAAGCCCUGGAAGUGCAGCGGAACUCGUGUGGUGCUCUGAGGAACCUUGUGUAUGGUAAAGCCACGGAUGACAACAAGAUCGCUGUGAGGAACGCAGGGGGUGUGCCUGCACUGCUCCGCCUACUGAGAAAAACCGUGGAUGCUGAAGUCCGUGAGAUCGUCACAGGAGUGCUGUGGAACCUGUCCUCCUGUGAUGCUGUUAAAAUGACAAUCGUGCGAGAUGCCUUAGCGACCCUGACCAACACUGUGAUCAUUCCCCACUCGGGCUGGAGCAGCUCGUCUUACGAUGACGACAACAAGCUCAAAUUCCACUCCUCGCUCGUCCUGCGCAACACUACGGGCUGCCUGAGAAACCUGAGCUCGGCGGGUGAGGAGGCCAGGAAGCAGAUGCGCUCCUGCGAGGGACUCGUCGACUCGCUGCUGUACGUCAUCAAAGCCUGCGUCAGCACCUCAGACUUCGACAGCAAGAUUGUGGAGAACUGUAUUUGCACUCUGCGGAAUCUCUCGUACCGAUUGGAGCUUGAGAUGCCACCCUCACGCCUCAUAGCCACUCAGGAGGUAGAUGGACUGCUGGGACCAGAAUCCCCCAGUAAAGAGGCAGACUACAGCUGCUGGGGGAGGAAAAGAAAGAAAAAGAGGAAGAGCACCCAGGAGGAGCAGUGGGAUGGCGUGGGGCCAAUCCCCGGUUUCUCCAAGUCUCCUAAAGGUGCUGAGAUGCUGUGGCACCCUUCUGUAGUAAAGCCUUAUCUCACCCUGCUGGCUGAAAGCUCCAACCCUGCAACAUUAGAGGGCGCUGCUGGCUCCCUGCAGAACCUCUCAGCUGGAAACUGGAAGUUCUCAGCAUAUAUCCGUGCUGCAGUGCGGAAAGAGAAGGGCCUGCCCAUCCUUGUGGAGCUGCUGAGGAUGGAUAACGACCGUGUGGUGUGUUCUGUAGCCACAGCACUGAGGAACAUGGCACUGGAUGUCCGGAACAAGGAGCUGAUAGGGAAGUACGCGAUGCGGGAUCUGGUUAACCGGCUGCCCGGAGGAUCCACCACUCUCCUCUCUGAUGAGACGGUAGCAGCUAUUUGCUGCACGCUGCACGAGGUCUCCAGUAAGAACAUGGAGAAUGCUAAAGCUCUCGCCGACACGGGCGGCAUCGAGAAGCUCGUCAACAUCACUAAGGGACGCGGCGAGAGGUACUCUAUGAAAGUAGUGAAGGCUGCAGCUCAGGUGCUCAACACACUGUGGCAGUACAGAGAUCUGCGCACCAUCUACAAGAAGGACGGCUGGAAUCAGAACCACUUCCUGACUCCUGUGUCGACUCUGGAGCGAGACCGCUUCAAAUCCCAGCCUGCUCUACCCACAGCCUCGCUGCAGAUGUCUCCUGUCCAUCAGACAGGCAGCGCCACGUCUUCUCCAGCAAUGCUGGGGAUUAAGGAGCAGCGCUCUGAUUACCAGAGGACACAGUCAUCUAUGCAAUUUUAUAACUACCAAGGAGACAACAGUGUACAUAAAACUCCGUACACAGGGUCUGCAAAAACGUCUCCAUUUUAUAUCAGUUCCUAUUCUUCUCCCAAUCGGGACGAGUCUAGAAGAGCCCAGCACAUGUACUACGCUGAUGAGACGAGUCGGAGGAACUAUGAGCCGUAUCGGAUGUACCUGCACUCUCCUCAAGGCUAUGAAGACCCCUAUCUGGAGGAGACGGUGCAGUACCCCACCGCAGACUACACCCCCCAGCCCCACGCACUCAAAACCACCACCAACUACGUAGACUUUUACUCCACCACCCGGAGACCCUCGUACAGAGCCGAUCAGUACCCGGGCUCGCCCGACUCCUGGGUAUAGAGGAGCCCAGAGACACUCAGACUGAUCCUCAGAACAGCAACACCACCCGAAACAGACGAGAAGAGAACCUGAGAGCUGUGCUUGAUUUUAACAUGAGAGCGUUUGAGAACGUGGGCGAUGGAGAUGAGAAAUGACCGCCACAGAGGGAGGAGACGGAACGUGUGUUUUUAUUUGUGGGAAAAGCAGAACGGAAGUAGAAUCAUGGUGUCUGUGUGUAAGAGUGUGUAUGUGUGUGAGAGAGGAUGUGUGUGUGUGUGGAGGAGGAUCUGCUGUAUGUUCUACUCUGACUGCUGUUGGGAUAUGUUCUUAUGUGGGGAUGCUGGUGACGGUGGCGUGAGGAAGCUGUGGGUGAUGUGCAGAAAGGUUUGUGUUAGAGGAUCAGACGGGGAAAAGUGUGUGUGCUUAACGUGAUGAAAGUGAUGAUGAUGAUGAUGAUGAUGAUGAUAGUGAUGAUGAUGAUGAUAGUGAUGAUGAACUUGUAUCUGUAAAAAAAAAAAACUAAGCAGAAGAAGAAUUAAUAAGAAUAAUAAUAAUAAGAAGAAGAAUAUUAAUGAUAAAUAUUGAUCUGAUGAUAUUAGUUUCUACAGAGGGAACAAAGCUGUAUUCGUACUUCUCGUCGAGAUUGUGAAUGCCACUGAGUCUUGUACAUUUCCUUCAGAUUAUUGUAAAUACAGAACAGAGGAUUAAAAAGGCCGCCUGGUUUCUGCUCUCCAGAGCUGGAGAAGACUUGUGCCAUGAUAAAGAGAUGUAGAAUUCUAUAAAUAUACAGAGCGAGGCGCAGGAGGCCGAGGCCUGGCAUCAUGAUAUUACACCUGAAGUAAUAAAAUUUCAUCUUUGUUUUUUAUAAAAAA